AAACGGUAGUGCUAACAGCUUAAACUUAUUCAUUCUUCAACAAUCACCCACUUGGAUUCAAAAUAUUUUAGGACUGGUACCAGCAAAGGAAAUCGUUGCUCAGCCACACGGCCACACUCGCACCCAUCCGAGGGGCAGGCCCGGGGGGAGACGCGACAACCACCACCACAAGGCAUUGUCGACUGGACGGGGGCGCUCGUCGACUCCAGUCCAAACCCCACUCGUUCACCCAUCCGUCGCACAAGACAAGGAGACCAGGGAGAGAGAGCCAUGGCGUCGGUGGCGCACGGGGAGGAAGUGCCGAACCGGCGGGUGAUCCUGAAGCGCUACGUGACGGGGUUCCCCACGGAGGACGACAUGGAGGUGGUCUCCGGCACCGCGCGGCUGGCCGUGCCGCCCGGGUCGGCGGCCGUGGUGCUCAAGAACCUCUACGUGUCGUGCGACCCCUACAUGCGCAACCGCAUGACCAAGCACGAGACGCCCAGCUACGUCCCCGACUUCGUCCCGGGGGAGGUUUUGGUUAACUUUGGCGUGAGCAGGGUGGUAGCAUCUGGGCACCCGGAUUUUAAGGUCGGCGAUCUUGUGUGGGGGAUCACCGGGUGGGAGGAGUACACUCUCAUACCUAACCCAGAGUCUUUCUUCAAGAUCAAUCAUCCUGAAUUGCCUCUGUCGUACUACACAGGUGUUCUUGGCAUGACGGGCAUUACUGCUUGGGCUGGAUUUUUUGAUGUGGGCAAGCCUAAGAAAGGCGAUUAUGUCUUCGUCUCAGCGGCGUCGGGUGCCGUUGGUCAGAUUGUUGGGCAGCUUGCUAAGCUCACGGGUUGCUACGUGGUUGGCAGUGCUGGUUCUGACCAGAAGGUCAGCCUUCUGAAAACCAAGUUCGGCUUCGACGAAGCUUUCAACUACAAGAAGGAGCAGGACCUGAAUGGCGCCUUGAAGAGGUACUUCCCCCAUGGCAUCGACAUCUACUUCGAGAACGUGGGCGGCCCGACGCUGGACGCCGUGCUGCUCAACAUGCGCAACCACGGGCGGAUCCCCAUGUGCGGGAUGAUCUCAGAGUACAACCAGGAGCAGCCGGAGGGCCAGCGCAACCUGUUCCAGCUCGUCGCCAAGCGCGUGCGCAUGGAGGGGUUCAUGGUCUUCGACUACUUCGGCCAGUACCGCAAGUUCGAGGAGGAGAUGGUGGGGCACCUGAAGGAGCGGAAGAUCGCCUACGUGGAGGACGUUGUGGAGGGGCUCGAGAAGGCGCCGGCAGCGCUCAUCGGGCUCUUCUACGGGCGCAAUGUCGGCAAGCAGCUGGUGGCUAUCGCGACGGAGUGAGUGCUGGCAAUCCACGUGUUUGGUGAGCGCAGAGUAUCUAUCUGCUGAUAAAUAACGUGUUUGGUGUGCGCGGACGUCUCUGCUGCUUAAACGUCCAAGAGUUCACAUGGACGUUUUCUAUUUUUGGCUUCUUAAAAUGCUGUGUUUUUGCUUUUCUUGAAAAACUAUUUUUGGAUUUUAGUUGUUGAAUUUUAUAAUAAAUUUUUAAUUUCUCAGCAUAAA